AUGGAUCCUCCGAAAGUUUCACGUAAACGUAAAGCUAUAUCGGGACCCAAAGGUAUUGGCGGCAAGAAGUCACGUCACACAGAUACUAAAUAUGACAUUGAAAACAAUACUUCCCUCGGCUCCAAGGAGCUCCCGAGUGACCAGAAGGCAAAUGUUGGUAUCGUAUCAGAAGUACAAACAAGGAAAAAAGUUGGCAAGUUCCGUAAGCAUUCACGUAAAAAGCCCAAAAGUGCUACAUCUGAACGCCCAAAUGCAUCCGAUUCCUCCAGCUUGCAGCGGUCUCAGAUCAACGAUGCAGUAAAACAUGACCCAGAUAGAUCUAAGCGUUCUUUAAAUAAGAAUACAGUUAUGCCUACUGCCGGCGAAAGUCAAAUUCCUUCUCAGGUGGUCCUGCACUCCAAAAACGUCCGUUUUCUCAAGUCCCCAAGUCUCCCCAACAAGUGUCCUGAAUCCAAACAGAAACCACUGAACAACAAAAAACACAAAAAGGUUUCGUCUUCCGAAUCAAAUGCUAAGGAUGAAGUUCCCUCAAACGCAAAACCAUCCAAAAAAAGGAAGUUACUCAGCGAUAAUGCUAAUUUCAAAGACCAUUACCCUACACAUUUUACCAGUGAUUCGGAUGAUGAUGAUGAUGAGCUUGUGCAUGUAGACCGAUCGGUUCAACGUGAAAGACGACGUGUUUUAUCUGAACGCCUAUCACGUACGGUGUUCGUGGGCAAUCUACCUUCCACGGUCUCGAGAAAGCAUCUUAAACAACUUUUCAAUCGGGCUUUGCGUGCCGACGAACAGUGUGCCGCUGAAGGAUGCAGUGUGGAAAGCGUGAGGUUCCGCGGUGUGAUUCCAUCCUCCGGGGGCACCGGAAAAAUGGCCAGAAAACGUGCUGUGGUCCAGGGGGAGCAUUCGGCUGGUGUUUCUCAAACUCUGCUAGCUUAUGUCGUGCUCUCUUCGAAAGUUGGCGUUCCGGUUGCUCUUUCUCUGAAUGGCCUCGUACUUGAUGAUACUGCGCGCCCCCAUCUAUCUUCGUCAGAAACGACCGCGGAGAAUGAGCAAACGGAUCCGAACAUUGCUCCAUCAGGACGAGCGAUUCGUGUCGAUGCGGCCCUUCAACGCAUGUCUACAAUAAAACCACAAAAUUGUGUUUUCAUUGGGAAUUUAGCUUUCGAUGUUCAGGAGGAUGAGUUCGCAGACGUGGCUGCAGUCUCUCUUGCUAUCCGAGCUACACAAUCCUUAUCCAUCCGUGAUAGACUUGUGCGUGUGGAGGAGUGCAAACCUACCGGGCCUGAAGCAAAGCAGGCAAAGCGAUGGAAACCAAAAGUCAAGGUGACCACUCCGAAGGUGGGUAGAGUACGACCGGUGAAGUCUUCAGUCACACCAGUGCCGACAUCCAAAGUUCACCUCAGACUUGAUCAGACCGGCAAGGUCAGAGGUAUUACAUUGCCUAGCAAUCUGCGCGGCUCAAUGCGUGAACGUUAUUUGGCCAAGCGGUUAGUGAAGAAACAAAAGCGAAAGCUUCAUCGACAAAAGGUUUUUGAGCAACAAGCACAGGCGACAGCGAUGGUUGGGGAAAUUAAAGCGCAAAAGAAGCCUCACAAAAAGGCAUCGAAGCUCAAAAUCAAGGGCUCUAAGAAGACGGUGAGCACAAAGAAGAAGCAAAAGAAGAAAACACAAUGA